UGGUGUGUUCACGCCUGAAACAUCUUAAUUAUAGUUUCAAAAGUAUUAUAAUGUAUAGGUAAAAACUCAUAUUAGUAGAUACUUGAAAUGUACCUAUGUAAGUAGGUAGUUAUUAGUACCUAGGUAUCUGGUAACUGAAUAAUAAGAACGAAUUCUUGAACAAUUAUUGAUAAUCAACUUGCCAUGGCACUCUCUCAUCUUCGGACAUGAAAUAAGCAGCAACUUCAUCUCUAAUGUCGUUAACAGUCUGAGUUGACAGUCGCUGAAUGGUCGAUAAUGGCGAAAAUGUAGCAGUCGUAAUCUCAUUUCUCCAUGUUGCAAGAGUUACGUGUCCAUUCUUUUCAUGAUCGAGUCCUCCCCCAGGACUACGAGCACAAGUACGAGUAAUGUGGACGGGCCUUGAGAUUUAAGAGCGAUCGAUGUAUCUCUGCUGCCAGACUCACCUAUAUCCAAGUGGCAGUGACGGCAGUGACAGAUUAAUGUGCUAGACUAGAAAAACAGAACGACUAUGUAGUGAUGAGCGUAGCGAUUUGUUUCUUAAAUUAAGCAGAUUUGCUGACUGAAAAUUAGUGAGUUCCUCUGUUGUUUCGACCGUACACAAGAUGGAUGCGAUCAAAGUAGAACCUGCUUCAGAUGAAGAGGCAGACACUGCAUCUUCAGUGCAUGAUUUCUUACAAAUUAAUAUAGAAAGUGAAUAUUCUGUGGCAGCAGAAGCAGAGACAAGUGAAGUAAAGGAGAUGGCAUGGGAUGUUUCCCCAGUCAAGAAUGAGUUCAAGGAAAGAGAGAGAGCAGGUACACUACAAGUAUGUCUUGACAGGUAUCAUUUUAAUUCCUCUAUUAGGAACAUGGAGUGGACAAACGAUUCCACGAUUAACUUCAUAAAAGCUUAUGAAAAACACCCAGUGUUGUGGGAUGCUACCCACUGUUUAUAUAAAGUGAAACCCAAAAAAACUGAAGCGUGGGAUUCAAUCGCAACGGAACUUAAUGUAGUAGUGGCUGAAUUGAAAAAGAAAAUGAACAGUUUGUUAGCUACAUACCGGAAAGUGCGUCAGAAGCUUACUGCUGCCGGAAAAUCAGGAUCUGGAGCUGAUGAAAUGGACGCCCCAAACUGGUUUGCAUACAAAGCCUUCGCAUUUCUUCACAACAGAUAUCAACCUCGGCGGACAAUCAACACAGAAGACGGAGGAGAAGCAUCUGACUCCCAACUUGAAGAGGCUGUGAGCAUGUGUAGCGAUGAAGGUGAUCUUGUUAGUAACCAAGAAACAGAUCAUGCACAAACACAAGUCAACAAAGCACCACCUACACGAAACGAAAACAAGGUAUUUGUUUCACCCAGAAAAAUUCCGCGAAAAAGUGCUAACACUGAAGAUCCCCGAAUAGGAGAGGCGUACACUGCCCUACAAGCCGCUAUUGCUAAAAAAAGAGAUGAAUUUGACGCCUAUGGAGAGUACAUAGCGAAUGUUCUGCGAUCAAUGGAUAAACCAACACGUGCUUUUGUUAAAAAAGAGUUCUCAGACAUAAUUUUCAAAGCAGAAAGCGGCAUUUAUACAUCCCCUUCUGCAAUAACACAAUUAUCUGGAACCUCGUGUGACUAUUCAAGAUCAAGCUCGAGCAAUAGUAACUGUAGUUACUCGUCGAUCAUGCCAUCUCCUCCACAACCAAUCGCUAUCAGCACUCAACAUGCAGAGACCAACCAACAGCGAACUUCUCAACAGACAUCUGUUUCUGCUCCUGAUGGUAUCAGACAUGCCAGUUCACAGUUGCUUGAUUUCCUUCAUUUAGAAUGAAUUCUUUUGUUCAAAUUUGAUUUGUUUCGCUCAUUUGACUGUUAAUUUUUUCUACCUUAUAUGUUUUGAAAUCCUAUUGUAGGUUCUGUCAUUGAUAUCGCUGAAUGUUUUGUAAUUAUUUUUAUUGCUUCGACCACAAUAUGAAUAAAGAAUAAAGAAACGUG